GCCUCCUGCCAUUUGUCUCAUCUGCUGUUACGGGCAAAGUUAAAGAAACUGGCCGCUACUUCGUGAACCAAGCUUGGACUGCUAGCCAGCUAACACUCGGUAGCUCUGCUCCAACCAACAAUGUCCAGUCUUCCUCAAAAUAAUUUGAAGGAGCAGCUGGCGAGGCACAGCAAUGCUGCUCAGAGCAAGUUGUCUCUGUCUAAACCCAAACUGGGGGCCUUUUCUUUCAAGAAGAAAUCCCCGGCAGGUACAACCAAGGUGGAAAUCCCGACCAAGGUAAUCAGCUCAAAUGUUUUGGCAAACAGGAAUGUCAAUGUCCCUAAGAGCAGUUUGGUGACUGAAUCUCCUUUGACAUUUCCAAACAAGCCUGAGACACUUCAAAAGUCCAAAAUCAACAACUUCUUCACUGUAAACUCAAAAUGCAAGUCGGACUCCAUCAGCUCAGCAGGUGACUGUGCACCUGCAGUCCUGCCUCCAUUAACAGCGGCAGUGCCUGGCAAGGUGUCUACAGCUCCAUCUAAACCUGACAACCAGUUUACCAAAUGCACUGGCAGCAAUUCUACAAGUCUUGAUGCAUCUCUUGGAUUCCCAAUGGACGACUGGGAUGAUUUUGAUGACUUUGAACCUCCUUCCAAAGCAAAAAAUGACUCAUUCAGUCUAGAAAUAUCAGAGAAGUGUAACAAGUCCGUGUUAUAUCCUGUCAAAGAAAAAAUAGAAUCCACAGGGAAACAUUCCUGUACAGAAACAGAUGAAGUGGAGCACAGCAACGACAAAGCUGAAGUUUCACCAAGGCCCAGUCCUAUCCAUGAUCCAGUGGAUUUUGAACUGGAGGAUUGUCCAAUUAAAAUGACCAGGCGACGUCCUCCUGCUUACGUGAAGCCUGUCAUUAGUGAUAGUGAAGAAGACAGUGAUGCUCCUUUCAAAGCCUCAGAGGAAAGAACAGAUAGUAAGAAACCAUGGAUUGACCCAGAAGUGAUAGAGCUUGAUGACAAAUUUGAUGAUGACCUUGAUUACAUUCCUCCUUCUCCAAUCCCAGAUGAGAUCUCUUACACCAAAUCUUCAAUUGAGAGCAGAUCAAAGUCAACUGAUGCUGAAUGCAGAGACAAUUCUUUGCAAUCUAAAGGACCCAUCACGAUUCUACAGGAACCCUCUGAUCGCCACUUAAAAGGCAAAACAAAUGAUCAACUCUUCAGUAUCAUGGAGUCCAUCUGCAAUCUGGUUGAUUGCAUCCCUGAACAUGAACUAAUAGCACUGUCCUGUGGAGAUGAACUUUUACUGAAGAGAGCUCAAAGGAAGAGGAUUCUUGCAACUGGUGGUGAAACUUUAUUGAGGAACCAACAGCCAGACAGCACUGUGAUUUCUGAACCCAGCUUUAACGAAAAGUCUUCAUUUAGCUGGGAUAGUGUUAUGUCUUCCAGCUGCUCUGUGCCUGUGGACUCAAAAAAACCUCCUCAGAUCGGGAGAUCUUCGGUUAUCCCUUUAGACUAUGACUCUGAUCACUCUGACAGUAUUAUCGAUAUGAAGCCCUCACACAAUAAGGACAACAGGAAAACAUUAGUGGAAAAAGAGACUGUCUGUGAUUCUCCAUCAACGAACAACUUCACAAAAACAUCCCACAAUUUCUCUAAGAACACAAACACAGACCUGGAUGGAUCAGAUCUCUUCUUCUCGCCCAAAAGGCCUGUCAUUUCUAGGCAGAACAAAUCUAACACCCCAGCAACCACUGCAGCUACAGUAGACAUGAUGACAGAACCAGAUGACUUUUACAUUGAUGACUUUGACAUAGAUGACUUUAACGACUCAGAUAUCCCUGGCUACUUUGAUGAACUCCAGAGCUCCUCAACAUCAGGACAAAACUCAAGCACUGUGACGAGAACAGUGAGAGAGGGGGGACUGAGCAAGUCUUCGUGGGAGAAGAAACCAGCAACACCUGCACGUACACCCAAACCUGCAAACAUCUGCUCCCCUGAACCCACCUACAGAAAUCCUGCCCACGAUCGCCUGAGAGGGUACAACUUCCCUCACUCACCGGAGAUGAUGAAGAUCUUUCACAAGCGGUUUGGUCUUCAUCAAUUCAGGUUCAAUCAACUAGAAGCAAUUAAUGCUACGGUUCUGGGAGAGGAUGCAUUUGUUUUGAUGCCCACAGGUGGAGGUAAAAGUUUGUGCUACCAGCUGCCUGCCUGCGUGUCACCAGGGGUCACUGUGGUCAUCUCCCCCCUCAAAUCACUCAUUGUAGACCAGAUCCAAAAACUCACCACUCUGGAUAUCCCAGCGAUAAGUCUGUCUGGUGAUAAAAGUGACAGUGAAACAGCAAGGAUUUAUAUGCAGCUUUCCAGGAAAGACCCCAUCAUUAAACUGCUGUAUGUCACUCCAGAAAAGGUGAGUGCAAGUAAUAGGCUGAUCUCGGCCCUGCUGAACCUGUACGAGCGAGGUCUUUUGGCCCGGUUUGUCAUAGAUGAGGCUCACUGUGUCAGUCAGUGGGGCCACGAUUUCCGUCCAGACUACAAGAGGUUGCAUGAACUGCGUCAGAAGUUCCCCAAUGUCCCAAUGAUGGCUCUGACUGCCACGGCCACCCCCCGUGUGCAGAAAGACAUCCUCCACCAGCUGAAUAUGACUCGGCCACAGGUGUUUACUAUGAGCUUCAACAGAACAAACCUCAAGUAUGCAGUGCUGCCCAAGAAACCCAAAAAGGUUGACGAAGACUGUAUCAGCUGGAUCAAGAAGCACUAUCCACGUGAUUCAGGUAUAGUAUACUGUCUGUCCCGUAAUGACUGUGAUGCCAUGGCUGAGAGUCUGCAGAGAGCAAGGAUACUGGCUCUGUCAUAUCACGCAGGCCUGAGUGACGGCGACAGAGAAUAUGUACAAUCCAAGUGGAUCAAUCAGGACGGCUGCCAGGUCAUUUGUGCCACCAUAGCUUUUGGCAUGGGCAUUGACAAGCCCGAUGUGCGCUACGUGAUCCAUGCCAGUCUCCCUAAAUCAGUUGAAGGUUACUACCAGGAGUCUGGGCGAGCCGGGAGAGAUGGAGAGAUCUCUCACUGUAUUCUCUUCUACUCCUACAGUGACGUCCACCGCAUUAAGAGAAUUAUCAGCAUGGAUAGAGAGGGUGAUAAAAAUGCCAAGGCAACUCAUUUCAACAAUCUGCACAGCAUGGUGCAUUUCUGUGAGAACGUGAUGGAGUGCAGAAGAAUCCAGCUGCUUGCGUACUUUGGGGAGCUAAAGUUCAACAAAAGCUUCUGUAAGGACCACUCUGACGUCAGCUGUGACAACUGUGCCAAACCAAAUCAAUACAAGUUGAGAAAUGUUACUGAAGACGUGAAGAAGAUUGUGAAGUUCGUCCAGGAGAACUGUGAGAAAGUGGGAGCAAGGUUUGGCAGGACUGCUCAGCAAAACCGACUGACACUGAACAUGCUGGUGGAUAUCUUCCUAGGUUCUAAAUCUGCCAAGAUACAGUCAGGAAUGUUUGGGAUGGGAGGAGCCUACUCCAGGCAUAACGCAGACCGUCUCUUCAAAAAACUGGUUCUGGACAAAGUCCUGGUGGAAGACCUGUAUAUCACCAAUGGCGGCCAAGCUGUGUCUUAUAUCUCUGCUGGACCAAAUGCCAUGAAAGUCAUGUCUGGACAUAUGCUGGUGGACUUCUAUGAGACGGAGAGCGCAUCUACAAUCAGGAAGAACAAAGCUGUGGCCAAGAAUGUUUCCCAGAGAGACGAGAUGGUUCAGAAGUGUCUGCAGGAGCUGACAGAUCUGUGCAAAGAGCUGGGCAAAGCAUUUGGCAUUCACUACUACAACAUUUUCUCCACUGCCGCCUUGAAAAAGAUAGCUGAGAAACUUUCCCCCGACCCCGAAACUCUCCUACAAAUUGAUGGGGUGACUGAAGACAGACUGGAGAAGUAUGGAGCUGAAGUGAUUAAGGUCUUGGAGAAAUACUCUGAGUGGAAGCUACCUGAGGAACCGACUGACAACAGUGCAGAUGGGUGGAUAGACAUGGCACGAGGAAGACAAGGAGAUUACGAUGACGAGGAUGACCCUGAGUCCUCCACAUAUUUCCGUAAUCAGGCCGCACAGGGACAGAAGAGAAAGAAAGCACCUUUCUUCAAGUAUUCCAAGAAGAAAAAAGGAUAUGGCAACACAGGAGCCAACUCUAAAGGUCGUGGCUACAGCAGCAAUAAAUCGGGGGCUUCAUCCAACUCCAGAGGGGGAUCAAAAGCUUACCCCCAGUCUGCAGGCCGAGGGUCCAGGAGCUCAGCAGGAGACGCAUCAGCGGGCAGGAGACCGGGCUUCUUGGCCGCCCCGACCCCACAAACCAACCAGCGACCCUUCUUAAAGCCGACCUUUUCACACAUGGGCUAGGACUGUCUAGAGCAGAAAACUAAUGGCUUUUUCACUACAUUUUCAAAUUGUUUUUUUAAGAAUCACUGUUGUAAAGUAUGAACCUGUAAUAUACACAUGGCUAAUUGUUGCUGCUCAAAUUGUCUGUUUAUGUCAUGUUCAGUCAUUGUCGUGGGGUUGUCUAGAUUUUGAUAUGGAUGUAAAUUUAUUUAAAUGCUGACUUUUCAUUGUUAAAUUUAAUGUACAUUUGCAUUUUUGAUAUU